AUGGCCACAUCAGGCGGAUCAAGCACACCGCCGGUGUCCCUCGCCCUCACCAACAAGACCAUCCUGGGCGGAUCAAGCACGAUGCCGACGGCCCCUGACCUCGCUACCACCGCCGCCACGACUACCACCUCCGACAGCAUGACCGACCAAGCCCAGCAAGACCGUCUCCAGCGAGCGCAUCACAACGCCACCAAGUGCCGCCUCCUGACUCUGCCCCCUGAGCUACGCAACCGCAUCAACGAGGAAGUGAUCGCAAGCAACAAAGAGCCGCAUGUGCGGGUUCCUCAUCAUCCUGGCCAGGCGCCUGAGCACUUCUCCGGCAUGCAGCUCACGCAAGUCUGCCAGAGGAUGUGCAACGACAUCCUACCAAUGCUCUGGGCGCAGCCGAUCGUGUUUGUCCUUCACAAAAAGCGCAUGGAGGGGCAUGCCAGCUGCGAAUAUGAUGCAGCUGCAACUGUAACGCUUGAUUCGGGGUUGUUCGCAAGGGAUCUUUCCAGGCUUUUCAUUAGCUACGCCUCAGUCUCCUUGGACCAACGCCAAACAACGGAGGUGUAUCUCGAGCCAGACACACCGGGGACCCCAAAGAAGCAUAAACACGAAUGCAUGUGCGGUGGUGGAGCAUGGACGACAGCGACAUGUGGGGCAAUGAUACAAGCCGUCAAUGAUUGGAACGCGAAGUUAAGGAGUCGCGACGUCGAAGGAACGGGCCUCACAGAAGAUGUGGUACGCAAGAUGAUUGCGAUGGUCUUGCGGGACUAA